AUGCAGCAGAAAGGCUUCCCACCCCUGCAUCCUCAGCCACCACAGGGCCCUCAGCAGGCUGCCUUUCUGCCCCAGCACCCCCAUCCACAGGUUCCCCAGCAGGCUGUCUUUCCAUCCCUGCACCCCCAUCCGCAGGUGCCCCAGCAGGCAGUCUUCCCGCCCCUGUACCUCCAUCCGCAGGUGCCCCAGCAGGCAGUCUUCCCGCCCCUGUACCUCCAUCCGCAGGUGCCCCAGCAGGCAGUCUUCCCGCCCCUGUACCUCCAUCCGCAGGUGCCCCAGCAGGCAGUCUUCCCGCCCCUGUACCUCCAUCCGCAGGUGCCCCAGCAGGCAGUCUUCCCGCCCCUGUACCUCCAUCCGCAGGUGCCCCAGCAGGCAGUCUUCCCGCCCCUGUACCUCCAUCCGCAGGUGCCCCAGCAGGCAGUCUUCCCGCCCCUGUACCUCCAUCCGCAGGUGCCCCAGCAGGCAGUCUUCCCGCCCCUGUACCUCCAUCCGCAGGUGCCCCAGCAGGCAGUCUUCCCGCCCCUGUACCUCCAUCCGCAGGUGCCCCAGCAGGCUGCCGUUCUGCCCCUGUACCCUCAGCCCAUGCCUCAGCAGACAUAUUACCAAUUCAAGCAGCUUCUGGAAGCCCAAUGGCCCCAACGGCCACUCUACCAGCUCCAGGCCAAGCAGCCACGCCACCAGCCUUUCAUGUCACACUACCAAUCCCGAUUGCCAAGCUACAGUCCCAAGGUGCCACUGUACCAGGCCAAGAAGCUUCAGCACCCCCGCAGAUCAGAUACCAACCUUAACGAUUUCAGAGCUUCAUGUCGGCACAUCAUCCUUGUGUUGAAGAAGAACCUGAGGGGAGCAGGGCACUGCAGUGUGGAACCCGCUGGACUAUUGGACUGACCUUUCAAAUGAACGUUUAGUUUGUGCUUUAGUCUUGAAUACCUGAUGUUUUGUAUGAUCUGUUUGAUGCCAAGUUUCUGAGAACCUUUGAAUGUUUUAAACAUGAAUCUUGAGGUUUGGUUUAGCUCAUGUUUUUGUUGUUGUUGUUUUUGUUAAGCCUGUGCAAAAAAUAAUCCACAUUCAACCAACACACCAGUGCUUUUCUCAGAUUUGUAGAUAUUCUUUGGUAAAUGGUGAAAAGCUGAUACCAAAACAGUCUCUGCAUUCUUUGAGAAACGGAUGUUGCAUCAUAACUGUUGUGACACGGGGGUUUAUGGUACCCACAUCCAAUCUAUUUAAGAUUUUUCUCUAUUUUAUGAUUGUGAUUAAUGGUUCUUAGAGGUUCUUUAGAUUUAUAAAGGUCUUAAAUUAGUGCACCUGUUUAGUAUAAGCUUGGUGGGGUAAGUGGGACCAGGUGCCCAGUUUCCCCAUGAAGCAGCCAAACAUUUAAAAUGCAAGUAUACCAAGCUGGGAGGCAGCACGUGCACAAGAAGCUACUGCAAUCUCUCAAUUUUUGCUCAAGCUGCAAAGCUGCUGGUGUCUGCUUUCCAGGUACAGCUUAAAUACUAACCAAAUCUGAAAGAGCACUGGACAAAGAUGGGAGUGUGUGUGAUUAAACUUUGCAGAUUAUUUUUAAUCCCUGUAUUCUCACUGUAACACUGAACAUGCCUAGUUUCUGUCAUUUGAACCAUUGUCAUCUGAAUUUGUCAUAUUAAAUUAAUAUAAAAGGUACUUUCUGCCAUCUUGACACUUAA